AGAAGGUAUAUCUUGCAUCACUAAGGUGAGGCUGUCUUAACUGUUCGUUCCAAAAGUUCGAAUCUCACUAUGGUCUCCUUUAUACAUCCCGCACCCUCAAGUAACUGUGGUCAUUAGAUUGCUUUUACCGCUCUGCUGAUAACACGGUGGCGUGCACGCCCGUCCUCCUCUCUUUGAUGGUGCAUGAUUACGCGGCGAAGUAAUUGGCGGUCAAUGGGAGGUGGUCUGUCGAGCAGACGCUUGUCCAUGGACGACUUUACGGCAGACAGCUUGGUGUGCUCACGUGAUGCGUAUUGUGGUGUGUUGUGGAGCUGGAGCAGGAACAGUGCAUCGUGGUAUUGCAAGCAUUGGCUGUGGGGCCUGGCGGCGAACACGGCAGCGAACACGGCGCCAGGAACGUCAUCGGCCGUACCGUCAGCGUCGGGCAACGCAAUCUCCGGUGCGAUAGCCGUGCCUCUUCGUCGUAAGCAGCGCGGCCUUGUGCGUGCCAACCCCGGGUCGUUGCAGGCCAUCGUCCGGGGAAUGCGACUGGCCAUAGCAGAGUGCAAGCACCAGUUCCGAGAUCGGCGGUGGAAUUGUCCCACGCCGGACUACCUGCGAGGGAAGUCUCUCUUUGGAAAGAUAGUGCACAGAGGUUGUCGCGAAACGGCCUUUGUGUACGCCAUCACGAGUGCAGGAGUUGCGCACGCAGUCUCCCGGGCAUGCAGUGAAGGCGCCAUCGAAACCUGCACCUGUGACUACCGACAGCGAGGACCUUCUGGCCUCGACUGGGAGUGGGGCGGGUGUUCGGACAACGUCCACUUCGGCUACAAGUUCACUCGGGCCUUUGUGGACGCCGCGGAGCGCGGGCGGGACCUGCGCUUCGUCAUCAACCUUCACAACAAUGAAGCCGGUCGCCUGCAGCACGUGACGAGCGAGACCCACCGGGAGUGCAAGUGCCACGGGAUGUCCGGUUCCUGCACCGUCAAGACCUGCUGGAUGCGGCUGCCUUCCUUCCGGGACGUCGGCAACCGCCUCAAGGACCGCUUCGACGGUGCAUCCCGUGUCUUGGUGAGCAACCAGGGGAACUACCGGCGUUCUGGAGGAGCGGCGCGACGGAGGAGGCGCCUCCGGUUCCAGUUAAAGCCCUACUACCCCGACCAUAAGGCGCCGACGAGGAAGGACUUGGUCUACUUCGAGAACUCUCCAGACUACUGCGUGGCAAACCCCCGACUUGGUGUUGAAGGCACCAGGGGGCGUCCGUGCAACGACACGUCGCUCGGUGUGGACGGCUGUGAGCUUAUGUGUUGCGGUCGAGGGUACCGCACAGAAGUUAGGGAGGACUUGGAGAGAUGUGCUUGUACGUUCCAUUGGUGUUGCCAAGUGAGGUGCAAGUUAUGCAAAGUGCGACGUAUAUUGCAUACGUGUCUCUGAACUCUUCGUACGAGAGACAGGGCAAAACUGGUCACCAACAGCCAAAGUACUUUUUCGAACUUAUUACGCAUUAACUUAUUCGCUUACCACAACCGCAGGGGGUAGUGGAAGCUUGUCUAUUCAGAAGUCUCGGUUCCAAGUCACACGAUGUUUACAUCAACGUGUUGCCGCUGCUUCGUGGACGACUCAGGGGUGUGAGUCUUCCAACCAACGCUAUCUAAUGCAAGAUCGCGUCUUGUUUUAAUGCAUUAUACAUUCGUGCAUGUACAGCAUCGCGCACAACACAGAAUUGCUGCUUUUCAGCGUUAGGGAACCGCAAAGGACUACACGCCACGCCAACGACCGCUUAUGUAUAGAAAGCCGAGGCCACAUGCUUCAUUCCUGUAACGCCGUCAGCAUCUGCUAUACGUCACCCCUAAACCCACCACCAGUAAAUACUUGUGGAUGCAUGCCGCACACCACAGAGACAUUGUCAUUCACCUCGAAUCAGGACAUGGGCACUCGGCAGGAGUGGACGUUCUGUCCUGGUCAUUUGCAAAGGAGAUUGCAUAUAUUCGGAUAUAUAAUUCAGAAAAGGAAGCAAAGAUUGCGGCUUGUGGUGGUUGCAGGAACCACUUUACGAGCCUGCUUAAUAAACAAGAGUAAAAGACGUU